AUAUAUAUUUAUGGGAGCUCACGCAUUGUGUGUAUAUAAAUGGUCGAUCACCAACUCGAGGUCUCAUCACCAUCAAACCAAGUGAGCGUCGGAGCACAGAGGAAAUAGAGCAAAAAAAUAAAAAUAAAUAAAUAACGAGAGGGUUGGGUUGCACGAUGAGCUCUUCCGUGGUGAUCCCGAUUCAAGAUGGAGGUGAAGAGGCAGCUCCGAAGAUGGCGAAAAAGGAGAGCCUUGAGGAUAAUCUCUCGGCCGUCGUGUGUUUCCUGAGAGGAAUGAAGGGCGAGCAUGACGUGAGAAGAGUGGUACAUAGCGUCAAGGUCGGGGUCGCGCUCGUUCUGGUCUCGCUUCUCUUCCUUCUCGAUCCUCUCUACAACCAAGUCGGGGAUAAUGCCAUGUGGGCUAGCAUGACCGUUGUCGUCAUCUUCGAGUUCUCUGCAGGUGCGACAUUGAGCAAGGGAUUGAAUCGCGGUAUGGGGACUAUAUUGGGUGGCGGGGUCGGAUGCAUAGCGGCGGUCUUUGCCCAAGAGAUCGGCGGGGUUGGGGUCGGGAACGCUGUUGUCGUUGGCAUCGCAGUAUUCAUCUUUGGUGUUGCGGCUACAUAUGCUCGGUCGGUUCCUAGCAUAAAGAAGUAUGACUACGGUGUCAUGAUCUUCAUCCUCACCUUCAAUCUGGUGGUUGUGUCCGGCUUACGAGCCGGAGAGGUCAUGAGAAUCGCCCGCGAGCGCCUCUUAUCGAUUGUGAUGGGGUUCGUGAUCUGCAUUUUCACGAGCUUUCUCGUCCUCCCUAACUGGGCUAGUGACGAACUUCACGUAUCUAUCGCCUGCAAAUUCGAACACCUUGCUUGUUCGAUUGAAGGACUAUUGGAUAAGUACUUUGGGGUGGUGGCCGAUAAGGAAAACAAGGCCGACGGAAGCUUCAAAAUCUGCAAAUCGGUUCUGCAUUCGAAAGCAAAGGACGAGUCCCUGGCGAAUUUUGCGAAAUGGGAACCGUGGCAUGGGAAGUUUGGGCUGUGUUAUCCAUGGGACAAGUAUCUACAGAUUGGAGAGCUUCUUAGGGAGUUAGCAGCCAUCAUUGUUUCACUUGAAGUUUGUAUUCAGUCUUCUAGGCAGCCGGCCGCCGAUCUAAGACAGUCGAUCAAGGAACCUUGCGAAUCGGUCGCGUCAUCCCUCACAUGGACUCUCCGAGAGCUUGGGGAGAGCUUCAUGAAGAUGAGAAGAUGCCAAUCAGAAGCACUGCUCUUGCCAAAGCUCAAGUCAACAAGGCUUGAACUGAGGCACUUCAUGUCUCCCUCCAAGCUCGCCCAGGCGUGCAACUCAGGCGAGGAUCUCGCCAUCUCGACCUUUGUGUUUUUGCUCACGGACAUGGUGGAGAAGCUGGAGGGGCUGGCGAAGGAGGUGGAAGGGCUCGGCAAGCUCGCUGAAUUCAAGACUAAUGAUCUAUAGUGGGAAAUAUUCUAUAAGGAUCGAACACCCGAAUGGUUAUAUUGACUCGAAUGAGCAUUUUG